AUGGAUUCUAAUUCAGGUUGUAGAGAAGAUUUGGUUUCACAUCGGCAAAUUUUUGAGGAGUUAACUCUGUUCAAUACACAGCCGAAGUGCGAGGAUUUUCCGGUGGGAUUUUCUUCGUUUUCUACAGUUUCACGCAGUCUCGACGCUUCUUCAUCAAAUCCUUUUUCGGGUUUUUCUGCUGAUCCAUUUCAAGCAUCUUGUACUGGUAAGAAGUUCCAACAAAAUCAGUUUGCCAAAGACGGUACAGAAGCCCAUGUACAUGGCCUUCAAACUAGAAAUUUUUUGGAUUUAAAUUCUGAAGCUUCAUUGAAAAGAACGGAGCAGUGCCGAAUCAAUGAGCCAUUAGAGCUUAAUUUGUGCUUGGUUUUGGACAAUGAGCUGGAAAGGAGAACCCAUUCGGAGAAUAAAAUUGAGAAGAGGAUACAGAUGAAAUCGGAAACAAGAGUCGACAAAAAGCCCAGUAUAAUCAAAGGGCCAUGGACUCCUGAAGAAGACAGAAUUAGGGCAAACAGAGGUGCCUCCGAUAGUAAAGGUUGUGGAGAAGAUUUGGUUUCACAUCGGCAAAUUUUGGAGGAAUUAACUCUGUUCAAAACACAGCCGAAGUGCGAGGAUUUUCCGGUGGGAUUUUCUUCGUUUUCUACAGUUUCACGCCGGAGUCUCGACGCUUCUUCAUCAAAUCCUUUUUCGGGUUUUUCUGCUGAUCCAUUUCAAGCUUCUUGUACUGGUAAGAAGUUUCAACAAAAUCAGUUUGCCAAAGACGGUGCAGAAGCCCAUGUACAUGGCCUUCAAACUAGAAAUUUUUUGGGUUCAUUGAAAAGAACGGAGCAGUGCCGAAUCAAUGAGCCAUUGGAGCUUAAUUUGUGCUUGGUUUUGGACAAUGAGCUGGAAAGGAGAACCCAUUCGGAGAAUAAAAUUGAGAAGACGAUACAGAGGAAAUCGGAAACAAGAGUCGACAAAAAGCCCAGUAUAAUCAAAGGGCCAUGGACUCCUGAAGAAGACAGAUUAUUGAUGGAGUUGGUUGAGAAGCACGGUGUAAGAAAAUGGUGUGUGAUUGCAUGGAAAUUUUUGGGGAGAACAGGAAAGCAAUGUAGAGAAAGGUGGCACAACCAUAUAAAACCCGACAUCAAGAAAGAUAAAUGGUCUCAAGAAGAAGACGAGAGACUAAUUGAAGCUCAUAUAGAAGUUGGGAAUAGGUGGGCUGAAAUUGCACGAAGAUUGCCGAGAAGGAGUGAAAACACCAUAAAGAACCACUGGCAUGCGACGAAAAGAAGACUUCUGUCGCAUAAAGGCAACAACCUGAAGUUCAAUACUCCCUUGCAAAACUAUAUCAAGAGUGUGAUAUCAUCUUCUGAUUACAUAGUAUCUCUAGGAAACUCGUAA